AUGGGAUCCAUGAAAGCUGCAAGAACUCAGAAGGACAGACUGAAGCUGAACUAUCUGCAGAUCAGGAACCGCUGUGCCUUCCAGCAGAAGGAAGUUGUUACAGUAACUGAAGAGUGUAGAAAAGUGGUGAAGCAACGGGGUCCGUGUCCCAGCGGGUCGCCGAGCUGCACGAGGAUCACGUACCGCUGGUCCACGCAGCCCACCCUCUGCCAGAAGGAGAAGGUGCUCACUGCUCUGGUGUGGCGCUGCUGUCCAGGGCGGGGAGGUCCAAACUGUGAGGAAGAAGUCUCUGGUCUUCAGACGGACUCCAGUGGAUCAGAACCUGAAGGAACCAAGGUCCAGUUUCCAGGCGACCAGGUUGGACUUCAGCUGCAGCAGCAUGGCGACCCGAACCGGGAGCAGAGCGACUACCAGACCUCCUUCAGAGCUCCUCAGAGCUCCGCCCACCCAGACUCAGGACACGCCCCCACCCACCAUCACCUUCCUAUUUACCGUCAUCAUCAUCUUCAUCAUCAAGGGCAGAACCAACCGCCGUCCAUGGAGCCCACUCAGGUCACAGAUGACAGAGUUCCGCGGCAGCCAGACUUCUCCGUCCAAACCGUGAUGGUUCUGGUCGUAUCGCAGCUGCAGCCCAUCCUGCAGGGCUUCAACCGCUCCCUGGAGCUCCUCCAGCAGCAGGUGGGGGCGCUGGUUCAGGAUGUGUCCGAGCUGAAGAGCGGCGGGCUGGAGGCUGACCAGCAGGGGGUCUCAGAGGCGGAGCUGGACUCCAAACUGGACGCGGUGUUUCGACAGAUCGGAGACGUCCGCCGGCAGGUGGAAGAGCAGCGCAGCAACAUGGAGAAGGAGCAGGAGGAGCGGCUCCACAGCCUCAGCUCCCUUAAGGUGGAGGUGGAUCAGGUGCAGGUCAGCCUGCAGGCCAUGAACGCAUCACUGUCUGGAACUGAGCUGGAUCUGAUCCCAGAGGAGCAGGCGGAGGCGCAGCUCCACCCGCAGCAGCCUGCAGACAACACGGCGCUGUGGGACGCCAUCACACGCCUGGACAGGAUGGUGAUCAACAACACGGUGAAGGUGGAUGAGCUGAUGGAGGAGGUGGAGGCGUCUUCAGCUCAGGAGCUGGAGACGCAGCUGAAGGAUCUGGAGAAGCUGAUCAACCAGACGGCCCGGAAAAGCCAGAUUCUGUUCAUGGAGACGGGUCUGGAGGUGGAGCAGUCCAAGGUGUCGGUGCUGCGGCGGGUGGAGGAGCUGGCGGGGAACCUGACGCUCCAGCAGCAGCAGCUGAAGGAGAACAGCGAGGAUGUGGACUUCCUGUACACCGACCUGCACAACCUGUCCAUUCGCUGCAACUUUGACGGCCUGAAGGCCACUUUGACGCACCUGGAGAGGGGCGUGGCCAAUGUCACCCAGCUGGCCAAUGAGAACAGAUUAGCCCUGGAAGAGAACAGCCAGGUGGGCGGGGCCAUGUGGGACUCAGCCAGUGACUGGGAGCCGGCUGUGGAGGCGCUGCAGAGGGGUCUGCAACAGGUGGCGGAGUCCAUGGCUUCAGAGCAGAACAGAACCAGGAUUCUGGACCGGAGCCUGACCCACCUCAGCAGCUCAGUCUCUGCUCUGCAGGAGGGGGACGUCCAGCGGGACAACCAGGUGAAGACGCUGUCCGUGUCCUUCCGCUCGCUGCUGCAGGACGCCAUCCGGCACAGCGACGUGCUGCAGCUGCUGCUGGGGGAGGAGGUCCUGGAGUUCUUGGAGUGGCCCAUCCAGGACCAGGAGGCCCACUCCAUCCCGGCCCUGAAGGAGCAGAUCAGGGAGCUGCAGGAGCAGCUGAGGAGCAAGAAGGAGGCGAAGGAGAAGCAGGACAAAGGAGCAGGAAGCCCAGAGGAGGUGCCCUCUGCUGACCAGCCCCCCUCCCAGCCUCUCUGGCCCCCCGGUGGCUCCAGCAGGAAUAGCGGCGGCCCUCCAGUCAGGGAGAACCAGCUCCUCCUGCUGCACCCGCACGCCGGAGACGGCAGCGACCUGUGGAACCUGGAGAAGAACGUGGAGCAGCUGGAGCAGAGGCUGGUCCGUCUGGAGGAGAGGCCCUGCUCCUGCAACAACACCCCCGCUGAGAGAGGGACGCCCCCUGCAGGGCGGGAUGUGCAGCUGCAGAAGGACGUGGAGCUGCUGAAGCGCGGCUUGGAGGAGCAUCUGAGGGUCUUCAAAAACGUUUUCAGCAAGGCGGACGUGCUGGCGGCGUCCGAGGACACGGUGGAGCUGGACAGGCUGUGGGAGCUGAUGAAGAGGAAGGACAAGAAGCGAGGAGGAAGAGGGAAGAGUGGAGGAGGAGGUCAUCGCAGAGAGAGGAGGGCAGCAGGUGUGCCUUUCCCAUCCAGCCAAUCAGACGUCUCCCUGCUGUUUGUGGGCGGGGCCCCUCGAGGCGCUGCAGAUGGAGGCAUUUCGUUUGAACCGUCUCUGAACAUGGAUCACUGUUACUCCGACUCUGGGGUCUUCUCUGCUCCUGUGGAUGGUCUCUACCUGUUUAUUCUGACCUCUGACCUCAGGCCAGGCUCCACCCAUGUGGUGCUGAGGCGGGUGGAGGAAAGGGGCGGGGCUCUGGUGUCUCUGCGGCAGCAGGAAGUGAAGGAGGCGGGGCCUGUGAGCAGCCUGGGCCUCCUGCAGCUCAGACAGGGGGAGAAAGUGAAGCUGGAGGCGACUGGGGAGUGGGCGGAGUCACAGAGCAACCUGCUCGCUGUGCUGCUGCUACAACAGACCACCUGAGGGCGCUCUGAGCCAAUCGGCUGAAGGGAGGGGCGGAGCCUCAAGUGAUGUUUGCACCUUAGAAACUGCAGAGCAGACCUAAGGUCUGAAUGUUUGGAUCUCAGAAACAUUAACGUCCAAAGAUAGAACCGCUGACAGGACUUCACCAGAACCUGCUGGUCCAAACCGGGCUGAUAGCAGAACACAAAGGCAGGCUGGGUCAUUUAGCUACAGUCAGUUCUGCUAACGGCCUAUAGGGGGCACUAAACCUGGAAGCUACUCGUCUAGCGCCCCUAGUGGCCAACAGUAACUCAGUGCCGCUUUUAUUUUCUGCUUUUUUUUGCUUCCUGCUGUUAAAAAUAAUUAAAUGCAAAUUAAACUCUGUAAAUGUUUGACUAUAUAUUCAGUAUUAAUGAUGUUAUGUUUAUUAAAUACUGC